CACCAAAUUCAUUCUAAACUACAUUUCCAACAUCGUCCUUGUUUCCUCAACCUUCAUCUCCUAUAUCCUAUAUACAUGUAUCACUGUUGAUGGUCCUUUAUAAUUCUGUUCUUCGUAAAGUGUUUGAAAGAGCCAUCAUUUUAACAUCUCAGUUUCAUCACAUUCGGUUCUGACCAAACUCCACCAGCCUCACAUUUCAAGUUGAGACACACUCUUCUCUUCAUCUUGAUCUCCCCCAACUUUGACACCUCUCUCCUGUGAACUAAUCUAAAUCCUGAACUGGUCAAGCUAUUUGUGAUGAGGGAGCAGUUGCCCUGGCUCAAGCUCUUCUUAAUAACCACUCUCUGCAGCAAUUUUCUUUGAGAGACAUCGUUGGCAUUGAUACUGUCAUGCUUAAUUCUCAAACACCUACCUGCACAACACUCAGUCUAUUAUUAAAAACAGUGCAAAAUGACCCUGGUGUCAUGUUGUCUUCCGAUCUCAAAUGGUCUGAUAUACAAUGGUCAAGUCAUACAAAGUUCUUGGAUUACUUAGAAGAGUCAUUUCCUCCGUUCACUGCCCCCGGGCUGAAACAUUCUCUACAUAUUCUUGGUUCUUUUCACUGCUUUACUGCUCACCCAUCUGCCGUCCUCAAUUUCCAUUCACUAUACUUGCACCUUGGAAGCAGAGAGUGCAGAGGC